AGUCCUGCUCGAUGUUUGUUUGCCUCGUUUGCGUUCAUCUUCUCCCCCAAGAAAAUCGAAGGAACGCAGGCCCCUCUCGUUGGGCGCAACAAGGCAACGCAGGCCUCCCUUCUGAUCUGACUUCAUAAAAGUCGAUGCACCCAAUUGGACUCCCAGUUCAGAUAGAAGCCCCUCGCCGGACGCUCGCUCUCGCCGGCGGCGACUAAAUCAGGAGGCCAGGAAGGAUGGCACGCUACGACCGCGCGAUCACGGUGUUCUCCCCGGACGGCCACCUCUUCCAGGUCGAGUACGCCCUGGAGGCGGUCCGCAAGGGCAACGCCGCCGUCGGCGUCCGCGGCGUCGACACCGUCGUCCUCGGCGUCGAGAAGAAGUCCACACCCAAGCUCCAGGACUCCAGGUCCGUGCGCAAGAUCGCGAGCCUUGACACCCACAUCGCGCUGGCGUGCGCGGGGCUCAAGGCCGACGCGCGCGUGCUCAUCAACCGUGCCCGCGUCGAGUGCCAGAGCCACCGCCUCACCGUCGAGGACCCCGUCACCGUCGAGUACAUCACGCGCUACAUCGCCGGCCUGCAGCAGAAGUACACGCAGAGCGGAGGGGUGCGCCCCUUCGGCCUGUCCACGCUCAUCGUCGGCUUCGACCCCUACACCCAGAAGCCCGCGCUGUACCAGACUGACCCCUCGGGCACCUUCUCCGCUUGGAAGGCCAACGCCACCGGCCGCAACUCCAACUCCAUGCGUGAGUUUCUUGAGAAGAAUUACAAGGAGACGUCUGGCAAGGAGACCAUCAAGCUCGCUAUCAAAGCACUCCUUGAGGUUGUUGAGAGUGGCGGCAAGAACAUAGAGAUUGCAGUGAUGACACACAAGGACGGCCUUCGCGAACUCGAAGAGGCUGAGAUCGAUGAGUAUGUUGCGGAGAUUGAAGCAGAGAAGGCCGCUGCCGAGGCUGCAAAGAAGGGUGCGCCAAGGGAGAACUGAUUCAGCACAAGUUUAGAUCGUGCCUCUUGUUCCACAGCAUGUCUUAUGAUUCACUUCUUUUAGACGGAUGCCCGGCUGUUCGGAUACAGGGAUAUUUUAUAAGAAAAGUUCAGAUGAAGCCGCUUGGAUGAAACUCAUGCCAUGUGAUGCAUGGUAGUACAUCUACCAUGGUGGUUUGUGGCUUGUGUGACUGUUGUCGCAGUGGUCUGUUGCCUGUUGGUCUGUCAGAAUUAUUAUUAUUUUCUGAAACCUGACAAUGCUAGUCAGUUAAGAGACUUUUGUUGUUGCAUAUA